AUGAAUUUAACUGAAACCCAUCUUGAAGUAUUUAUUCUUGUUGGAUUACCAUACCUUCAGGAAAAUCACCUUAUACCCUUUUUCAUUUUUUUGGCUCUUUACUUGGUAAUACUUCUUGGAAACUCUUCAUUGCUUGUUGCAGUAGUGACAGAUAAGAAACUGCACAAACCCAUGUACUUUUACAUUGGUAUCCUGGCAAUUUUAGAUAUGCUAACUACAACUGUGACAAUUCCAAAAAUGUUGUCAAUAUUUCUUAUUAAAGCCAACACUAUCUCUUUUAAUGGAUGCUUUUUGCAAAUGUUUAUCUAUUAUUGUAUAGGGGUCUUUGAAUCUUUUCUUCUUGUAGUAAUGGCAUAUGAUCGAUAUUUAGCAAUUUGUGAUCCAUUACACUAUACCUCUGUUAUGAAUAGGAGAUUCUGUAUUCAAAUAACAGUAGGCAGCUGUGCUUUAUCUUGUAUACUAAUUGCAACAAUUAUUAUUUUUACAGCACUGCAUUCAUUCUGUGGACCAAAUAUAGUCAGUAAUUUCUUUUGUGAUCAUUAUUUUAUUGUAAAAUUGAUUUGUGAAGACACAACGAUAGUUUCAUUGUGGGCAACAUGCAAUACCUUAAUAACAAUAUGCAUACCUUUUAUUUUAGUUCUGAUAUCAUACAUGAAAAUCCUCAAGUCUGUAAUUAGCAUUAGUUUUCUGGAAGGAAGGAAGAAGGCUUUCUCUACAUGCAGUUCUCAUUUACUGGUGGUGAUCAUGUUUUACUUAUCAAUUACUAUUGGGUAUGUAACAUAUGAUGCCAAAGGCAGUUUUGAUCAAUUCCAUGGAAUGCCAUUUAUUUUCCAUGCUGUGUUAGCCCCAGCAUUAAAUCCAAUUGUUUAUUCUCUAAGGAACAAGGAAGUCAAAUUAGCACAAAGACAAAUGUUACAAAGAAAGUCAGCACAAAAACCAGGAUAA